UGCGACGAACCGGAGGAACGGAGAGUAGAGAAACAAAAGGAGCUGAAACAGAUGAAGGUUUUGGGUGGGGGAUGAAGAUGCUGAGUGCCGAGGUCCACCUCCAAAAGAUGUGCAUCCGCAACUUCAUUCCCCAGAAUGUCCGCAGCCACAUACUUCCCUCUAAAAACACGGAACAAGUAGUUUUGAGCGCGAUGGCGGACGACGCGACUCGGAGGGCGGUGUCGGAGAUCCCGCUGCUCAAGACCAACUCCGGUCCCCGGGACAAGGAGCUCUGGGUGCAGCGGCUCCGAGAGGAGUACCUGGCCCUCAUCAAGUAUGUGGAGAACAACAAGACAGCAGACAACGACUGGUUCCGCCUGGAGUCCAACAAGGAGGGAACCAGGUGGUUUGGGAAGUGCUGGUACAUUCAUGACCUCCUGAAGUAUGAGUUUGACAUGGAGUUUGAUAUUCCUGUAACAUACCCGUCCACCGCCCCUGAGGUCGCCAUCCCAGAGCUGGACGGGAAAACGGCCAAAAUGUACAGGGGGGGGAAGAUUUGUCUGACGGACCACUUCAAACCCCUGUGGGCGCGAAACGUACCGAAGUUUGGAUUGGCUCACCUGAUGGCCCUGGGGUUGGGUCCGUGGUUGGCGGUGGAGAUUCCAGACCUGAUCUCUAAAGGACUGAUCACACACAGAGAGCAGCAGGGAAGCUGAGACCCCCCUUCCCUCUUUGGGAACAUGUUUACUGGUGUGGUCCCAGUGAAGGUGAUGCUGCUGUUUGUUCUGAGAACCAGAAAACAGACUAAUGAUGUGGCUACCGACAUGUGACCACUCACUCUUCUGUUGCUUUAAAAGGCAAUGUUCCUGCGUUCACAUUCAAGUUAAACUCUGCAGUUGUCGGCUCAAUCAGAAAUGACCUUUUAAAUGUCGCACUAUAACACCAUGUUGGAUUGAAUCUCAGCCUAGAUUCCUCUAGAAAACAGGAUAACACCAUGUUGGAUUGAAUCUCAGCCUAGAUUCCUCUAGAAAAGAGGACAACACCAUGUUGGAUUGAAUCUCAGCCUAGAUUCCUCUAGAAAACAGGAUAACACUAUGUUGGAUUGAAUCUCAGCCUAGAUUCCUCUAGAAAAUGGGUGUUUUACGAUAUUUAGUCACAUGGCUGAGAAGCAAACUUCAGUGUUUGAGUUGACAGAAUGUUGCUCCUGUGUCUCCUGUAAUAAAACAUGUCUGAUACCUGU